AUGGAAGCCCUUGAUAAUCAGGGACGCCCUACUCAGUAUGUAAAAAUUCUUCGUGAGCAGUACAAAAAUUUUACAUGCAAGAUAUUACCAUUGCACAACGAUAUUAACAUCGACGUUGUAAGAGGUGUUAGGCAGGACGAUACCGUCUGGCCUAAAUUAUUUUCUGCCACGCUUGAGAACGUCAUACGAACAAUGGAAUGGAAUAAUAUGAGAGUAAAAAUCGAUGCGUGGCAAUUACGCCAUCUUCGCUUUGCUGAUGAUGUCGUCCUUGUAACAGCAAACAUUAGCCAAGCGAGACGAAUGCUUGCGGACUUUAAUAAAGUCUGUGGAAAGAUUGGUCUUCGACUAAAUCUCACAAAAACGAUGUUCAUGAAGAACGGAUUGGUUUCGUAUGCACUAUUCAUGCUCAAUGGGUCGAAUAUCUCCGAAUUCUCCAGUUAUGUCUAUCUAGGUCGGGAAAUCAGCAUGCUGAACCACCUAGCUCCAGAGCUGAGCAGAAGGAAACGAGCGGCUUUUGNUCAAUGGGUCGAAUAUCUCCGAAUUCUCCAGUUAUGUCUAUCUAGGUCGGGAAAUCAGCAUGCUGAACCACCUAGCUCCAGAGCUGAGCAGAAGGAAACGAGCGGCUUGCGAAGCAUUCAAUAG